GCGACGACGCCGCCCCCGUGGCUGGACGCCGCCCCGACGCACACCUGCCCUGGUUCGAGGAUGCCGCCUCCAGUCCUGCGCUCCGCUCGCCCAAGUUCGUGCCGUCGCCCGUGAACGCCUCGUACCGCGGCUGGUGGACCUACCCCUACUACUCGUGCCACGUGCGCCUCUGGCUCGUCUCCUACAGCAUCGCCAUUCAGCCCGCGUCGCACUGGGGGACGAAGGGCUACUUGUCACUUGACGUGAACGUGACGCCGUUGGAGGUGAACCAGUGCGAGGCAAGCAGCGAGCCACCUCCGCGCUCCGAGCUGCGGGCAUUCCACAGUACGCACAAGUGCCACAAUGACACCACGCAGUGCGAGCUCCGGCCGAGCCCCGGCUGGAUGCGUGGCGGCUACGUUUGCCGCUGCCGGGAGGGCUUCUACUCGCCGCACCACGGCGGCGUCUUCAACGGCACGCUGGUGGAAGCGGCAUGGCAGGAGCGCGAGCAGAACGUGAGCUCGCUGUACGACGAGCUGUUCCGGUGCUUCCGCUGCGCCCCCGGCUGCGCCACCUGCCGCGACCUUUCGCCCUGCCUCGCGCCCUACAACUGGCCCUUCAGGCUGACGCUGCUGUCGUUUUCGGUGCUGUGCGCACUGUGCACCCUGGGCCUGGUCUGUUACGUCUACCAGCACAGAAGGCUCAAGGUGUUCAAGGUGGCGAGCCCCAUUUUCCUGGGCAUCACGCUGCUCGGAUGUUCCAUUAUGUAUCUCGAGAUGGCCGCCAUUUUCCCUGUGCUGGAUAUGUACUCCUGCAUCGCUACGAAGUGGAGUCGGCACCUUGGUUUCUGCAUAACGUACACGGCUCUCCUGAUGAAGACGUGGAGGGUAUCGCUAACAUACAGGGUAAAGUCAGCACAUAAGGUGAAGCUGACAGAUAAACAAUUGCUCCAGUGGAUGUUUCCCAUUCUGCUAGUUAUGCUCAUCUACUUGGGAACAUGGACUCUGAGUGCUCCACCUACAGCAGAAGAAAUACAUGAUAGCAUAGGCCUUAGGUUUAAGCAAUGCUCCUACAACUGGUGGGAUCACAGUCUAGCUAUAGGUGAAGUGCUUUUCCUGGCAUGGGGUAUAAGAGUCUGCUAUAAUGUUCGCAAUGCAGAAUCACUGUAUAAUGAGGCCCGACUCAUCAGCUAUGCCAUUUACAAUAUUGCAAUUGUGAACAUUACUAUGAUUGCAUUCCACUUGUUCAUCUUUCCUCAUGCUGGCCCUGACAUCAAGUAUCUGCUAGGUUUCAUCCGAACUCAGCUGAGCACAUCUGUCACAGUGGGGCUUGUAUUUGGUCCUAAGAUUGUGCGUGUGCUACGUGGUCAAGGUGAUCAAUGGGACAACCGUGCGCGUGCACGGGGAGUAACAGCAUCUUUCUCUCUUAAUGGUAUUGGAUUGAUGCCGGAAGAGACUCCAGAUCUGUACCAGGAAAAUGAGGAACUGAAGGAAGAGAUUCAGAAGCUGGCUGCUCAGAUUGAAUUUAUGAAGAUCGUUCAUAUGGAGAUGAACAACAGGCACUUAAAGCCUAAACCUGGUGGCUACUUCAAUGCUGCCAGUACAGCAGUGACUUUGCAGAGUCCAUUGGGAAAAACAUCUGGAUUUGUUGUGGGCAAGAGCUCUGGAGCUGAGGAAAGCUGCAUUGUCUCAGCUACUGAUGGUGCUAGUGAACGUGUCUGACUAGUAGUCAAUAGUGAAGAAGUGUGGUUGUGACAGGAAACCAUUUAUGGACAUAUUCUCUUGCUACCCAUUUUAUCUUUGCUGUGGAAAUCCCUUGUUUGCAAAUGUGGCUGUGGAAUGUUUUCUGACCUUCAUUCUGCUGCAUCCCCUGCUGUGAAGUAUAGCAUGCUGACAGUUUUUUAAUUUUGCAAAAAAGUAUGACUUCUACUUUUUCUC